GCUUAUGUUUUUUGGGACUGAAAGAUCGGAAUUUGAAGGUAGGAGGAAUGGGUUGUAGGAGGAAGGGUUUAAGGGGGUGAGGGAUUAGGAUGGUUUAGACUGUGCAUGUUUGGUGAUGUUAUUUGGGGGUGGGUGCUGGUAGUGUUGUUCAUUCGUCGAUGGGUUCAUGUGUUAGGGUGGUAUAGGGAUGAUGAAUUGAGGAAGAUGUAUAAAUACGGUAUUUAUAUCAUUGUACUUUAGAAUGAUCCUUUAAAUGGGACUGAUCUUCACAACUGCUUGGCUAACUCAUAUAGUCUCCAGUAAAGAUUUCUAUCAUACAAAAGCAAACAGCCAAGAAGCCAAUUACUUUGGAUUCAUGAUAUUCUUAAUACUAACCUACUUUCUCAGCUGGUUUCCCUAUCUUAUCCACGAAACCAUCGUAGUCGCCACAAAAACGUACUAAUUUCAAAAAGGCCGCUAAAU